GUAAACAAUAAAGAUUUUAGUAAAUAAAUUCCUUAUAAAUAGAAAUAAAGUACUUUUAAGAUGAAGUCAGUAGUAAAUACGAUAUUAUUCGACGUGUCUAAGAACGAAAUGUUUAAAAUAAACGAAAACUAUAAAAUGCUGCAUCGCAAACUGAAGACAACAUGGAAGGUUAUGAUCAAUCGUGAAGAACUAACACAGAACAUUUUAGAAGACGUCCAGAUCCUCGUGGUACCAGGGCCGCAGAACGUGUUCACAGAUGACGAACUCGCGUGCCUCAAGAGUGUGGUCGAGAGGGGGGAUUCCGUUCUUGUGAUGAUGACAGAUGGGGGAGAGGAACGUAUGAACACUAAUAUUAACUUCUUUCUAGAAGAAUAUGGUAUUGUUGUUAACAAUGACUGCGUGGUUCGCGCUAAAUACCACAAGUUCUACCACCCAAAGGAGUGUCAUAUUUCUAAUGGCAUCCUGAACCGUGGUGUCAUGAAAUACAUCAUGAAAAUGCCAAACUAUAGCGUUGAGAGCGACGACUUUUUGUCCAGUAGCGACCUCUGUUAUCCAGUGAAGAGACCAAUCGCGGCUUUAUACACUGCGGACAGCGGGGGCAAGUUGUUCGUGAUCGGUUCUGGACAUUUCUUCGCGGACCAGUACCUGGAGUGCGAGUGCAACGACCUCAUCCGAGAGAUGGUGUUCAGCUACCUUGGCGGUUCUAUAGACCUGCAUCUCAACCCUGUGGAUGUAGAGGAUCCGGAUGUGAACGAGUAUCGUACACUGGGCGACGCGCUGUUCCUAAGCCAGGUGGCGCUGCCAACGCCCGCUACCGUGUUCGCGCCGAGGUUCCGCGAGCCUCCACCUCCUCCGCUGGAGCUGUUUGACCUGGACGAGGCGCUGAGUUCAGAACGCGCGCAGCUCGCCCGCCUUGCUAACAAGUGUCUGCAGCCAGAGAGUGAGAAGAUGGCGCAAGGUGACAGCAGUCAGCUGGAAAGUGAGCUGGAGUACUUUAUCCGUGAGUGCGGGCGCGUGGUGCGGCUGUCGCGGGCGCUGGCUGACGCGCCCUCUGCCAGAGCCAUCCUUCAUCAACUGAUGGUGCAGUUAGCAGCCUUCAAGAAGAUAGCGCCUAGAGAAGAAUAGAGAACAAGAGAGAAAUGUUAGUCUACUUCUUUAUCGGGUUAAUCGCCGAAAGAAGUUUAGAGUCGACACUUUCCAUUGAGUCUAACAUAGACUGAAACAUUUAUGUGUUCUUCUUUGUUAUUUAUGUUAGUGUACUUAAAAAACAAUGGAGUAGGCAGAGA